AUCGACAGAGACGUGAGGAGCAGCUAUGAGUUUAACAGCAGCAGCGAGUGGAUUUGUUGUCUUCCUUCUCUCUGUACAAGUGAUACAGGGUCAGAAUGACUGGGGAGUGACUUACAGCUCUACUGAGAUCUGUGUCUUAAAAGGAUCAACAGUGGACAUACGCUGCAGAUACAGAUAUCCAUCCAGAAUAAAGGACAGUGAUACUACAGUUGAGAACACAUUCUGGUUUACUAAAAUGAAUGGAGAUGUGACUGUGGAUCUGAGAACAGACUCAGAGUAUUCAGGUCGUGUUCAGUAUCACUGUGACAACAACAUCUGCACUCUGAGAAUCACAGACCUGAGAGAGAGCGACUCAGCUGAGUAUAAGUUCAGGUUCAUAACAAACCAACCAGGUGGAAGUUAUACUGGUUUACCUGGAGUCACUUUGUUGGUCACAGGUCUCCAGGUGCUGGUCAGCGGAACGAGUUGGUUGUCUUACUGGGCAAAGCUGAAGUGUCAAAGCAGUUGUCGUCUACCUGAUCAUCCUUCCUACGUCUGGUACAAAAAUGGACAGAAAAUUCCAACAGAAACAUCUUCAUCUUAUUCAGGCUACUUUGAUUCUGCAGACAGUUAUUCCUGUGCUGUUAAAGGACAUGAGGAUUCCCCCUCUCCUUCAGUGUGUGUCUUUGAUCAAUCCUGCAACAGAGUGACUUACACUGACAGAAGCAUCUGUGCCUCCAAAGGCUCAUCAGUGGACAUUUCUUCCACCUACAACAGUCAUGAAACUAUCAGCUCUAAAUUCUGGUUCAGUUCUGAACGUAGUCAUCAGUGGCAGAGUCCCUCACAGUCUGAGGACCUCAGUGAAGACUCCCAGUAUGCAGGUCGUGUUCAGGUCCUUGAAACAGAGAGAGGACGCUCCAUUCUGAGAAUCACUGACCUGAGAGAGAGCAAUUCAGCCCAGUAUCGCUUCAAAUUCACAGCAGGAAGCUUUGAAUGGAACAGUAUUUUACCUGGUACAACUCUGACUGUCACAGCUCUGCAGGUUCAGGUGACCAGAAUAAAAGUCUAUCAGUCUUAUACUGAGGCAGAGCUGAAGUGUCACAGCAGCUGCAGUCCAGUUGGUCGUCUUUCCUACGUCUGGUUCAAGAAUGAAACGAAAAUCACAUCGGUGGAGACAUCUUCUUAUAAAGACCGGUUUUAUCCCAGAGACAUCAUCUCUUGUGCUUUGAAAGGACAUGAGAAUUACGGCUCUCCCUCAGUGUAUGCUCCGAGGCCUUCCUCUGUGUCAGUGAGUCCCUCUGGUGAGAUAGUGGACAACAGUUCAGUGACUCUGACCUGUAGCAGUGAUGCUAACCCAGCAGCUAAUUAUACCUGGUACAAGAAGAAUGGAGAUCCAGACCUUCAUCCUCUCAGUAAAGAACCACAGCUUGUCUUCAGGUCCAUCCAGUCCUCUGACUCUGGAGAGUAUUACUGUACAGCUGAGAAUGAGCUGGGGAGGAGAACAUCUCAAUACAUCUCUAUUAAUGUGAAAUAUGCUCCGAGGGUUCCCUCUGUGUCAGUGAGUCCCUCUGGUGAGAUAGUGGACAACAGUACAGUGACUCUGACCUGUAGCAGUGAUGCUAACCCAGCAGCUAAUUAUACCUGGUACAAGGAGAAUGAAGAUUCACCAAAAGCAUCAGGACAGAUCUUCAUCAUCACUGACUUCAGACCUGAACACAGUGGGAAUUAUUACUGUGAAGCCCAGAAUGCAAGAGGACGUCAUAACUCCAUCUUACAUCUGAUUGUUGUAGCAGGGAACUCAACAGUGAUGAUAAAUAUCAUCAGGUUGACUCUGGUGGUUGUGAUGCCGAUUCCUCUUCUUCUGCUUUGUCUGUGGAUGAGGAAGAAGAAAACUCUGAGCUCCAGCACUGAACCAAAUGAACCCACAGAGACUAUGGAGCUGCGGUCUGUUUCUGAUCAUAUCAACGUCUCCGCCUCGAACAGCAUCACUGCAGCACAGACAGAAGACACAGAGGAGCAGGAACACCUGGUGUGAAGGUCCGUCAGAUGCAGUCAAACCAGAGGGGACUCACCUGGAUGGAGACAGAGACAAGUACAACACUGAAGUAGUCCAGUGGAGAGCGAGGCUGUGGAGGAUGUGGGGGAAGUGGAUACAUUUACCUUCAACUCCAAAAGUUUUCAUGUUGAGUUUUCAGUAGCAGCAGCAGGUAGGAGUCAGCAGCACAGGCAGUCAGCAGCAGCAUGGAGCAGAAGAUCUGAGGAGAGGGUGUAGAGGAAAAAAUAUAUAUUAUUAUCAUUCAGUAUACAACCUUUGUGUUAACUGUGAUUCUUUGUGUUACACCACUCUGUAGAAGGCUGUUUCCGCUGCACUGCAAAUUAACUUGCUGUCUUAAUACAAGGACAAAUCACAUUUGCUUCAUGUAAUACAUGACAGGCUUAAAGAUAGCCCAACCUACACAUGUCUGAUAAACUACAUAAUAACCACCUGCAUACAAGGACAGACACAUUUAUAGCCUGGCUUGAACAUCUAAACUUUUUCCUUUUUCUUUUGGUCUGAGAAGGGAGUGGGCCCUCACUUGGGAAUGCCUCCCUUAUUUGUCCCUGACAUCUAUCUCUUUAUGAAACAUCACAACUCUUUGUUCUUAUACAUAUAAAAACCCUGGUAUUAAUGCAUUCUUCAUCGACUCAUCGGGAGACACUGACUGUUACUUGUUGAUGUCGAUCCUUCUG